GGAAUCCGAUAAAGGAGGAGAAGAUGUCAAACGCAGAUUCAGUAAGGAGCCAACAAAUUUUCCCCAAGAUGACAAUUGAUCUUCAAGGUGGGAUCGUCAUCGUAAUAAAGAGCGUAGUUGACAAAGAGUUAAUCGAAGUUAGAGGUAUGUAUAAGAUUUUCAGUCAAAUUAAUGAGGCUCUUGGGAAACAAAAGAUAGACAUCUCCUUAAUUCCAAGUAACAUUUUCCCGAAAAGAUUGAGAGGCUUUAUAGAAGAAUUUGGUUGUCAUAAUCACUUCAAACUGUAAGAUGAAUUCAACAAAACUGUACGGGUAGGACGUGGAAUUUAUUUCUCAAAUAAAGUUGAUGUAUGUAUUAACGAUAGAUAUGGAAAUCAUAUUGAUGUGGGUAAUAAAAAAAUUGCUGUUGUAUUUAUGUCAAGAGUAAACCCAAAAAAAAUUAGAUAAAGCGAUAAAAUGAAAGAGCUUGAUUAUUUUGUUAUUAAUAAUUCAGAGGUUGUUAGGCCAAAUAGGAUACUAUUGCAUGAAAAAAAAUGAAAUAAUUGUUAAUAAUAAGGUGUUUU